UAUGUUUACAGAUUCAAUUGUGUUUUUUAUUUUUUAUUGUUUGGGUCUCCAUUACGAGAAAUUAGGGCACACUAUUUUCAUUCAGAAUCAGUUUAAUUUACUUUCGUUUGUUUAUAUGGGUAUUCAUCGAAACCCUAGCUCCUGGAGUUACUGGGAUUCCGUGUGUGUCUGUAAUUCUGGCAAGGGGUUGAUCUUCAAACUUUAAAUUAAAUCUCAAAUUCGUUUAAUUUAAUACGGAGAAUUCUCAAAUUUUCGAAUUUGGAGUGUCAAUUUGGAAGAGUUGAACUUGGACUGACGAGAGCACGGGAUCGUUAUAGUGCAGAAUUUUAAUUGGCUGGUCAUUUGUGUUUCGGGUUUUGUUUCGUGCAGGUUAUUAUGAAAUCUAUGUUUUGGGUAGAAAAUUGCAGGAAACAAUUAGGAUAAUAUGUGUGAGACAGGGCAGCGUAGCUUUUGUGCCAUUCAAAUGAUAUAGGCUCUCGUUUCAUAUAGAAGAAAACGAGAAACAAAAAUUAAACAAAAAUGGAAUACUCUUGGUGUACACCAAUUAAUUAGUUUCUUGAUAUCCAAUUUCGUUGAAGCCUGAAAAAAAUGCAGUAUUGUCUUACUUAGGAGAAGGACUGCGUGACAGUAGGCUAAAGAUCGGUGAAGCCUAACCAGCAUGAAAGUUUGUAGAGAAACAAACAGGAAGGUGAUCAAGGUUCCUAUAGAAAGCAGAGCAGGUAUAGGAAGUAGCAUGAGAGAACAGAAAACAGGGAGAACUACCCGAGUCUACCCCAAAGCAACAGGGAAAGGUGGGCGGGCUGAUGGCAUGUGUUUGGAGCUUCCUGACAAAGGUGGGCCCUUUUCAGGAAUAACAAAGAGACCGCCUGAUCUUGAGUGUUGUCAAGGGAAAACACUUCUUCCGCAGUCAAAGAUCAAGUUGCAGCUUUUCCCUGUAAAUGAAGUUACUCGCAUACGAUUGGAAAAGGAUGGACAUCAUCCAUAUUUAGAACUUAUUCUUAGACCACAGAAGAAGAUUACUUCUGUGCUAAAGCACCUUAAUGACAAGUGGGGGAGUUCAAGCGUUGCUCUUAAUGAGCUGGUUCUAUUCCCAUAUAAGAUGCAUGACAGUAUGUCUAGUAACAGAAGAUGGACACUGAAUGAUGGUGACAUUAGUGCCGGAGCUGUCUAUGCAGAUAUUGGAUGCCCUGCAGUUUUUCGCUUAAGGUAUGGCUGGCUCUCUACUGAACCUAAAGGUGCUGAUCAACCUUCUACAUCAGCUAAUGACUUACAAUCUGAGGUCGAACAGAGAUGUAGAAGCACCUCCACAGAGAAUGUAUAUGAUGAAUUAGGGAAACAGACUGUGUUAGCAACAAAAGAUUUCAGAUCAAUCAAAGCAAGAGAAACAAUAAAUGCAGAUGCUGAGAAUAUUUCUACUGGAGUUGUUGAUCUCAAGGACGAUAUUCAGAGGAGGAUGGGUAACCAUGCUCAGGAACCACUUUUGCUUGACAGUGUAACUAAUAUAAGCAUUGGAGGCCUACUUUCUGAAGCAUCUUUACAGGCCAAGUGCAAUAACAGUGAAGAAAAACAAAUUGGGAAAAAUGAAGGCUUUCAUCCUACUGAAACAAAAAAUGAUUCAAAGUCAUUUGCGUUGUGGGAUUGUCCUUCUAUAAGCAUUGGUGGCCUCUUGUCCGAGGCAUCCAUGCAGGGCAAGCUCGAUCAAUUUUAUGCACAACCAGUUGAGAGCAAUGCAGGCUUGCCACAUCCUCAAGGUCAAAGGCCAUCCACUCAUGACUCAUGCUUAUCUAUUUUUGAUGCUGAAGAAACUUGCCAUGCAUUUCCUUCUCAAAAAUUCUCUUUGUCGGGAAAAGAUGUUCUGGGGUUUGGUGGAAGUCGUGGAGGUUUCAACCAGAAUCCUGGUUCUAAACUAUUCAAGCUCCCUAAUGCAGCAAAGUCUAACAAUGUAGAUGGGCUGCUGCAAGACCAGCGUGCUUGUCAGGAAUCAAAUACAGUUUGUUCGCGAGUGAACAACGAUGACAGAAGUCUUGGGCUGUCAGGCAUCAAAUGGACCGACUCCUUGGGGCCGUUUGAUCUUGGCCUCCCUGUUUCCCAGAAGCUCAUCACUGGAGAGAGUACAAGCAGCAUCAGUGGAUUUGUCAAGUAGCCGAAUACUCAGAUCAAUGCUUGGAACAGUUGUGGAAGUUUGACAAAUUUAUUUGAGCUGGACUUGCCAAAAUGAAUAUUAGAUGAUUUGAUGUGUUACUAAAUGCGCUCAUAUAACCAAAUGUGCUUCUGACAAUGUUAAAGACCUUUUUUUUUUUUUUU